CAUAACAAAACACUGAAGAAGAAAGUGCAAAGCAGAUGUAACAAAAAGUGCAUAAUUUUUAGGAAAAUCUCUGAAAUUCUAACUAAAAUUUAUAAUUGUUGAUAAAUAAUAUAUAAAUGUAAACUUUUUAUGAUAUAAAAUAAAUCGUUAUUAAAAGAAAAGUGUAAAAUAUAUGAAAAACAACAAAAUAACAUUAUGCAAGUGUAAACGCAAUGAAAAAAAGAAAAACAAACAAAACUGUACUUUGGUGGUUGCAAUUAAGAAAAAAAGUCAAAGGAGCAGCAAUAGCAGCACCCCAAGUUGUGAAAUUUGAUAAAUAAAAGAAACUACACAAUAAAAAAGAAACGUAAAAACAAACAAAAAAAUAUAAAAGUGUUUUAAUUUAAAAUAAUGAAGGCGUUUUAAAAAAAAGCAACAGACAUGAGUGAAGUUAAAGUAUAAUUUGUGACUUUUUACAAAAAUUGUUUAAAAACAAAACACACAGACAUGGCACCCAAGGUUCCAGAAAAACAACAUACUCAACAGCCACAGCAACAUCAGCUGCACAACCAUCAAAAGCCGCUUCACAACAAUUCUAUUGUUAUCAAACAUUCCAAUCCCUUUCACAUCUCAGCCCAUACUUUAUGCCACAACAAACGUUUAAAAUUAAAACGUUCCAAAUAUGGGGAGUAUUUGCGAAAUUUUUAUAGAAACAAUCGGCCGAUACCUAUACAAAAACCGCCCGGCCACAAGACUGAGGUGCGUAGAAAAAAAUUAAAUAGUUUAAAGGCCAAUGUGACCAUAGAUCUUUUGUCGGAUGAUGAGGAGCAGGGGACAAAUAGCAAAACAGGAGAACAAUCUGUGAUUGUUUAUCCUGGCCGCAUGUGUUUAGAAAGAGCGGCAAUAUUAGGUUUAAUGCCAGUAGAGAGGGCCAUUAACCCACCGCCCUUAGUACCGAUAGUAAACAAUAAGCGGCAGCCGCCUCAACUAAACAUACAACCUCAGUUAAUUGUUAACCAGCCACAGCAACAACAACAAUAUAUACAACAACCUUUCCUGCUGAUGCCAAUGCCACAAAAUCCACCAGCGCCGCAACCUCGCAAACGUAAAUCCAGACCUCAAAAGCGACGUUCUUUACCAAAUCCUCCCAAAGCUCCCAUACUACUCAAUCAUGAAUCUAUAGUAUUGAGUGACGAUAGCAAUGAUGUACCCUUCGCCAUGCCGGGACCACCUUUAUCUACAUUGUCUAUGGCUUUACUACAACCGCCAGAAAUAUCUGUGACAUGUCCUACCUCCUCUCAAAUACCCUGCCUGCCUCAACAGAAUACUAUGCAAGUCGAUGAAGAGGUAACCAUUUCACUGGUACCUCGCUCUCUCAACGCCACCACCUGUGCAAGUCGCACAUCGCUAAAUAAUUCCCAUACUUUAGCGGAACAUCAACAGGAAGUAUUUCCCAUGCUACCCGAUGAGACAACAGUUCAUACCGUGAUAGCUAAUCGUAUUUAUGAACUGUCUCUCACCAAACUUCGGGAGGGUUUAGCUUCUUGCGGUAUACCCGAAUUCGCUGAUGGCCAGCAGAAAAUAUCACCACAAAGACGUAAGGGUAUGGUGCAACAGCCUCCGGUGGUCUCACCACCUCAGGCUCCCAUAUCUCUGAAAUUAUCUAGCGAUUUAAGCAUUUCAUUGAUCUCAGACGAUGAAGACGAUACCCGCCAAAAGAAUCGCCAACAUGAGCCCAUACUAAGUCCCGCCUUUUUACAAAAGUUACCUGUAAAUGUGUCGAUAGCACCGGUGCCCAUGAGACCACCACCACCAACAACAAAUAAUCAUCAUUCAACUGAACCCAGAAAACUUAAAUUGGGUUAAGUCUUAAUGUCUGUUCUCAUUAAUCGAGUCAUUUUUUUUUUAAUACAUACAUACGUCCCCUAUCAUAAUCAUUCCUUACAACAAAAAUCCCUCCCAUCUAUAUAUAUUUUUUGUAUUAGUAUACAUUUUUUAUAUUUAUAUAUAUAUUUUUUUUAAUAAUAUUUUAAGUAUUUUCAAUUUUA